AUGGUCCAAGAACCUCCCGUCAAACGUCCUUCGACGCGUAGCUCCAAAGCGUUCGCCACCGCGGAUCCGUCAACGUCGACUUCGGCCACCGCAUCGACCUCGUCAGGUGCGAGCAGCUCCAAAAAGACACCGACCGCUGCCACCAAGGCAAAUACUACUACUUCCACUGCUACCAAAGCGACGACCUCAUCCACCUCCAAAAUCGAAACCAAACGCAAGUCAGCCGAAGUCGAGCCCUUCGCUUCAACGUCUUCGUCCAAGACGAAAACUGCCACCACGGUCUCCAAGAAAGUGGUUCUGAAAACGGCAACCAAGCCUAUCGAACAGGUCGAGCUCGACGACUUGCAGAGGGACGUUACGUCCGACAGUGGUGACUCGUCGGUGGUGAUCGAGGUCGGUUCUGUCAAGUCUGCAUUGCAAGUUGUGGGGGAAGCUGAUGCGGCUGGGAACUGUACCGACAGGCACCCGCACCCAAGGUGACCAAGUCGACGGGCAAGAAGGCCAAAGAGCCCAUCAAGAAAUCGACUAAAGCCGUCAAAACCGCCACUGCAUCAUCUUCCAAAAGUUAGUCUCGAUUUUCACUCGACGCUAUGAGAGUCACAGGGAACUAACGAUUUUUUCUGGUCCAUUCAGGCGCUUCGAAAAUCGGGACGACCAAGUUUACCUCAAAGAAAGUCGGCGCGCAGUUGACCGAGGACAUCCAAGUGCACACGACGUCGACACCUUCCCCCGCUUCGGCCAAGAAGCCCAGCAAGACGGCCAAGUCUGCCAAGGUCACCGCGGUACUAUUGAACUGGGACAAGCAGUGCAAGACCUGGUUCGCCGAGUACGCGAGUGAGGACGACCCCGAAUUGAUCAACUUUGACGGCAUUCAAACGCUGUUUGAGCACAUGGACAUCAGUCUCGCCGAUGUGGGUGUUCUCACCGAUGUACGUUUAGAUCGUGUACAACGCUGACCAUCCGCGUUUAUCCAGGUCACGGCCCUUGUGCUGUCGUGGAAGCUGAAAGCACCGACCUUUGGCUCAUAUUCGCUCGCCGACUGGCAACGCACUUUUUGCCGAGAUUCGUGAGUCAGGUGAUUGCGGAUUGUCUACACUUUUACCCUUUCAUUGACGAAGACUGUCUGUUGCACCUCCGACUCAGCGUCAAGUCGACCUACGAACUCAAAAAGUGGCUGCUCGAUGUGGAAAAGACAUUGUGGCCCGAGAAGCCAUCCGAACGCUCGGACGCGCAACUGCACGAGUUCUACCUCUUCCUCUUCUCCUACAUGAUGCCCGAAGGUCAAAAGACGCUCCCCGGCGACGUCGCGCUCACGAUCUGGGACCUCGUCCUCGCUCGACGUUUCGAAACGGGCCGAGCGAUCGUGCGCUACGGCCAAUUUUUCGCUGAAGAGACGCUCCGAGGUGUUUCGAAGGAUUUGUACCACCAAGUGUGGGAAUUUGCCACGAUGGUCACCCCAGACCUCAAGGGAUGGAGUGAGGAGGACGCUUGUGAGUGAGUGGACGGACUCGAAUGUGAUAGGUCUACGGCGACUAACUGCUGGGGUUUUUGUAGGGCCAUCGACUAUCGAUUCGUUCGUCGAGUGGCAGCAGAAGCAGUUGAAAGGCGAAUGA